AUGCACGAGAUCAGGGCUCUCAGUGCCUUGCUAAAGCAGACCUCGAUUUCCUCUCCUUCUGGUGGGCAACACCGGCGUGGGUCCGCCAGUCUCGACGCAUCUAGGCUUCAUCGCCACCGGCGUGUCUACUCGAACGACCUUUCUCGAUGGCAUCGCAAUGCUUCAUGGAUUCGGGGGAUAUCCCAGACCUCAGACUUCGGCUCGAUCGAAGAGGACGAUGAAGACCUCCGUCAAUACCGCCAGGAAGUCGACGACACGGUACCAAACCCCGACAAGGAAAAGACACCCGAGGUAGCGGCGCCGUCAACCGUGGCUAACGGGGAGGAAGAGGAUGUUGCUACGCCUCUACCCGAAACCUAUGACGCUCCUGAGCUCGAUGUUGAUGGGAGUAGCACUCCGCAAGCUGAUAGAGUUGCCAAACAACUUCUCAACACGGAGUUUGAUCUCUUCCUCGGGUCCUCGGAGCCUCCGCAGGAGGUGGUUGAUGCUGUUUGUAAGUGUCUGGAGGAUAUAUCGCUCUCGAUCCGGUCCGCUCGCAGCAUGGGGGUACUUCCACCGGUCACAACAGCGGCACAAUCAGCCGAGUCGGCCAGCCCCGGGUCGUUUGGCUACUCCUCUCGGCAAAAGGGGAGAACAUCGGGGGCCAAUCAAAAGAAACGCCCCAUGGGGUACCAAGAAGAAGAUGAUGAAGAGUUUCAAGACGACGAAGAAGAUGGCUUCGGUGUAGCCGGCCGCAACGAUACGGGCCAUCGAAAGAGGCCGAAGGUUGAGCAAUACCCAUGCCCCUUUCGUAAAAGGAGUCCUUACCGAUUCAACUGCCGCGAGUGGGAGUUCUGCGCGAAAGCUCCGUUCAAGACCAUGUCGGAACUGAAAAAACAUAUCAUCAAGUACCACCAGCAACAACACGAGCCCCUGGCCUAUGUCUGCCCGAGGUGCCACGAGGGCUUCGUCAGAGCGGAAGAGUUGAAGUCUCAUUUUAUGGCCCCGCGUGAUGAGGUUUGUGACGUGAAAGAGGGUCCGACGCCUCCCUCGGAAAUCGUCGGAAUCACUCCCAGGAUGAUGGAGAGGCUCCGCAGUCGGAUGGAACAUUUUGACUGGGACAAGCUGUGGCGGGCGUUGUUCCCUGACGACCUUGAGGUUCCGGACCCAGACUUUGAACCGAUCGUGGAACUUCAUGAAGUCAACCACGAGUACGGCCUGCUCUUACCCGAGUUCAGCAAAAGCCUUGCUUCCAUCAUCAGAACCUUGCUGCCGGGCACAGAUGUGGCCCAUCUUCAUCUCCUCCAGCGCCUGAACGACAACCUGGACCGUCUCUUCAGCGAAUUCUUCGCAACCACGUUCGACAGAGCACGAACAAACGCAUCGGGCCCAACAAAUCCACAAGUCCAACGCGCCGCAACGGACACCCCAAGCCCAGCACCGUCGCAAGCCUCCUCCAUCCCCAACUCACAGCCGCCAUCCCUGCCCACCAAGGCCGCCAACCUGCGACGCCCCAUCCUCCCCAACAUGAACCCAGCCCACCGCCUCAGCGGCUGGUCCUCCACCGACACCGCCUCCUCGUCGGCCCGCUACUCAACCAGCACCAGCAGCACCAGCCUGGGCCAAUCCAACCGCGAGUCCAUGGUGUCCGACGUAUCCACCCUCAGCAGCAACAUGCCGCCGCUUCCACCAACCCCCAUCCACCACCACCACCGCCUCCAGCACACCUUUCCCAUCCACCCCUCCUCCCAAACCCCCCUCCGGGAAGGCUCACCCUCCACCACCACCACCUUACCCUCCACCUUCCCCUCCACCCGCCUCCCCUCGCGCAACCCACCAGCACCGCUCCGCCAACGCCCCACCACCCAAUCCCCCCUCCUCCAUGAACUCACCAUGUCAACACACACGACGCACAGGCGGCAAGGGGAGGCAAGGCAGGAGGAGGAGCCAACAACCAUGACGGCAAGCUCCGGCACCAGCGCCAGCACUAUUGCCAGCACCAGUGCCAGCGCGAGCGCGAGUCCCCGAGACCUGCACGACUCGGCGGUCAGUGGCCUGGGUGGCACAGGCUGCUGUUUCAAGUGCUUGGAUGGGAUGGGUGACGGGCUCUGUCGGUGUGGUGGCGGUGGCGGUGGUGUGGGUGGUGGUAGCCUGCCGUUUGUGGGGGGCGCUGCUGCUGCUGCUGCUGUUUAUGGGCAGGAGGGCGGUCAUGAGAUGUAUCGUGACCAUCUGCAGGGGCAGGGUGGUGGUGGGGGGUAUUUGUUUGAGUUGGAGGGGUUGGGGUCGGAGGGGUUUGACGAUGUUAUGAUGGGGAGGUUUUGA